AGCAUGGUCCUCGCUCCACUGCAAGUGCUUUACGCGUGCCGCGGUUUUGCGACGCGACGGUUACUGAAUUGUUUCGUGAAUCGUGAAAUCAACACUGGGAAACGAGGAGGAUUAUUUACCUUCCAAACAUCCACGGCUGUUCACCUCAGGACAGGAUAGUACUCGAUUCAAGGACACUACUCUCAUAUCUGAACGACCUCACAAUGCCUCAUUCCGAAUCACCACCAGAGUCAGAGGACUCGCCGACACCCAUGGUCGAUGUCGACCAACAACAGCAAGAGGAUGCCGCUCCUGAGAGCACAACCGCCCAAGUGCCGGAAGUCCAGCAGCCAGCAGACGAGGACGUUGACAUGACGGAUUCAAAUGCCCCAACUCAAACCUUGGCCGAGUCGGAGUCCAAGGCUGAAAGCCAAGCCGAGCCACAAAACGAUCAAGAUACGCCAGUCCCAGAGGCUGCCACGAGUGCACCGAGCGAGAGCAAACCGGCGACAGGAGUGAAGCUCGAGGAACUGUUUGAUGAGAUGGACUCCGACGAAGAUGACGAGUUCCCAACUUCCAAGGCAGCAAAGAGGGAGCCAGCAAGCUCACCCGAUCUGCUCUCCUCGCAAAGUGACAUGGAGAUUGAUCUCCACGAAGCCUCAGAUCCCGAAGUCAUGCGCACAUUCUACCAGCGUCUCUUCCCGUGGCGAUACCUGUUCCAAUGGCUUAACCACAGCCCAACACCUACCAACGAUUUCGGCCAUCGUGAAUUCGCCUUCACGUUGCAGAACGACGCAUACCUACGAUACCAAUCCUUCACCACCUCGGAUCUAUUGCGCAAAGAUGUCCUCCGCCUCAUGCCCUCGCGUUUCGAAAUCGGCCCCGUCUACACAGCCAACCCCCGAGAUCGCAAAACGCUACGGAACUCGUCCGCCUUCCGGCCCCUCUCCAAGGAGCUCUGCUUCGAUAUCGACUUGACCGACUACGACGACAUCCGCACCUGCUGCGACAAGGCCAAUAUCUGCCAAAAGUGCUGGCAGUUCAUCACCAUGGCCAUCAAAGUGAUCGACACGGCGCUGCGCGAGGACUUUGGCUUCAAGCACAUCAUGUGGGUAUACUCUGGCCGUCGCGGUGCCCACGCGUGGGUAUGCGACAAGGCGGCGCGAUCGCUGGACGACCAAAAACGUCGGGCCAUCGCCGGCUACCUCGAAGUCAUCCGGGGCGGCGCGCAGAGCGGCAAGAAAGUCAACCUCCGCCGACCUUUGCACCCGCACCUGGUCCGCUCCCUCGACAUCCUCAAGCAGCACUUCCAGUCGGACGUGCUCGAGGCCCAAGACCCGUGGCGCACCGAGGACCAGCAGGAAAAACUCCUCGCCCUUUUGCCUUCGGAUCAAAAGCAACUCGUGUCCGCCCUCCGCAACAAGUGGGCCUCUAGCCCGGACCGCCCCUCAACCCUGAAAUGGGCCGACAUCGACACGGUGGCCAAGACGUCCACCGCAAAAAACCUCGACACCAAGUCCCUCCUCGACGCCAAGCAAGAUAUCGUGCUCGAGUACACGUACCCGCGCCUCGAUAUCGAGGUGUCCAAGAAGCUGAACCAUUUGCUCAAGUCGCCCUUUGUCGUGCACCCCGGCACAGGGAGGGUGUGUGUGCCGAUUGAUGUGAAGAGGGGGGGAUUAGAGAGUUUUGAUCCGUUGGGGGUGCCGACGGUGCAGAGCCUGAUUAGGGAGAUUGACGAGUGGAAGAAACCGGAAACCAAAAAAGGGGAGGAGGAGAAGCAGGAGGAGAAACAUGUGGUGGAUUGGGAGAAGACGAGUCUGAAGGGGUAUAUUGAGUUUUUUAGGAACUUUGUGAUUGGGUUGAUGAAGGAUGAGAGGGAGGUUAAGGUGAAGAGGGAGCGGGAGGAGGAAGGAGGAGGAGGAGGUGAGAGUAUGGAGUUUUGAUGACGAAGAUUUAAAAGAUGGGGAAUUGGGGGACCAUAAAAGGGUUGGUUGGGUUUAAAUGUUUGCGCAUUUGGUGAUGGGUCAAUCGGCGUUGUAGGUGCUACUGGGUAUGCAGGCCGAGAUUUAGCAGGUCUACGGCUGACUUGAACAACAUGGGGACUCGAUAAUCCCUUUUGAAGACUGUGGAGG